AACACAGAAUUAUCGUGAACAUAUAAAAUAGCUUGUGAGAUUAAUGUAGAACUGGACUCUGGUGUGAUAAUAAAACAUAAUACUGGAAAACGUAAAGAAUUGAACAACGCCUAAGCAGAAAGACGGAAAAGAUUGGUAGAGCAACGAAACAUAUUCACGAUGUUGCAGACAUUUCUUGCUCUACUCCUACUAUUUGUGGUUUCCGCGAAGAAGCCACCAAAUAUUUUGAUUAUUAUUGCCGAUGAUUUGGGAUACGGAGACGUGGGUUGCUUUGGAAACAAAACUAUACCGACCCCAAGUAUUGAUAAACUAGCUAGCCAGGGUGCCAGAUUAACUCACCAUCUUGCAGCAUCAUCUUUGUGUACUCCUAGUAGAUCUGCGCUGCUGACGGGACGAUAUCCUGCUCGAACAGGAAUGGUACCUACGCCACCAUCAAGAAUUGGAAUAAUUUUAUUCCUUGCAACUUCAGCAGGAUUGCCACAAAGCGAAGUUACCAUUGCAGAACAGGCGAAGUCAAAAGGAUAUAGAACUGGAUUAAUAGGAAAAUGGCAUCUUGGACUAAGUGAAUCAAAAUACAACGACAAUAUAUUCCACCCUAAUAACCAGGGAUUUGAUUAUUAUUAUGGUCAUCCUCUAACAAACGUAAAAGACUGGUACAAUGAUGGAUCCAGCGUCCUCUUUCACCAAAAUCCAAGGACAAACUGGUAUGCAUUAACAAGUGUUAUUGUGACGAUGCUUACUAUGUAUCUUUUUUACAAGAAAGAAUACAUUGGACUUAAAAUAGUACUAUUUGUACUUUUUUUGUUGAUUCUUUUUUGGUCAUAUUUUUACUUUACGUUUCUUAAUAUGAUCCUUCUCAACUCGCUGUUAUAUCGUAAUUUAGAUAUCGUUGAACAACCGAUAAAUUUAGAGACGUUAUCUGAGCGUUAUACUAAAGAAAGCAUUGAGUUCCUGGAAAACAGCACAAACAAUAACGCACCAUUUUUACUGGUAGUUAGCUGGAAUCAUGUUCAUACUGCUUUGAUUACAUCAAAAAAAUUUCGCGGGAAAUCCAAACAUGGUCGCUAUGGAGACGCAGUUGAAGAACUGGAUUACGGAACAGGACAAAUUGUAUCUAAACUCGAUGAGCUUGGCCUAACAGAUGAUACUCUAGUUUAUUUUACGUCAGAUAAUGGCGCUCAUCUAGAGGAAAGGGGAAUGCAUGGUGAGAUCGACGGAGGAAUCAAUUCACCCUUUAAAGGUGGCAAAGGACACCCUGCUGUAGAUGGUGGAAUACGGGUUCCAUCAAUAGUCCGUUUUCCAAACCAAAUACAAAAGAACAUUGAUAUCAACGAACCAACAACUCAGAUGGAUAUGUUCACAACAAUUAGCAACUUAAUUGAGGCAGACAUACCAAAGGAUAGACAUAUUGAUGGGAAAGAUAUCAUGCCUCUAAUGAAACAGAAAGAAAACAUUACCCCUUCCCCGUUUCUGUAUCAUUAUUGUAACAAUGAAAUCCAUGCAAUGAGAUACAGACCGCCAGAAGGAAAUAAAGUUUGGAAGCUCGUGUUUAAAGAGCCAAAUUAUAUGCCAGGACAAGAGGAAUGUGAAGGUCUAGCGUGUUUGUGCAGAAACGCUGUAAUAUUAAACCCUCCUGUGUUUUAUGAAUUGACUUCAGAUCUAGGGGAACGAAAACCUAUACCAUCUGAUUCUAGUGAAAAAUAUAGAAAUCUUAGAGAUAUUAUGACAAAAGAAUUAAAUGAUCAUGUGACAUCUGUUGGUACUAUAAAUUCUCAGCUAACAGUUAGAAAACUUCUAUGGAAUCCCUUUCUACAACCUUGCUGUAAUUUUCCUACAUGUAAAUGUACUGAUCCUAAAUAUAGUUGAAAUAUUCUGUGGUAUCGAUGAGUUUCAAAUAUAAAAGUAAGCUAUAUAAAGUUAUCAGACCCAGAAAAUAUAGUGGCGGAUUUAAUUAUCCCAACACUAAAUAUGAGUAUGGUUUAAAUAUUGUAUUUUACGUAUAUAUGUCUAACAGUCGGGGAAGUUUUUGAGUGCUACCAAUUUGAUGUAUUAGAAUCUUUUUAAAUGGUAAUAUAAAGUAUACAGGUGAUAAGUUCGUCUUUCCCUUUUAAAUAAAACAUGAAUGGGAUUUAAAUGAUGUGUCAGUAAUUUUGGUGAAGAGUUUUGGAGUAGAAAAUUCGAUAAUUUAAAUUUCUGUAAAUAAUCUUAAUAUUUCUGAAUAUUUAGAAACUAACUGAUCCGACAAAAAAUUGCAAAAUAAUGUGUCUGUUAAAUUAUUAUCAAAUAGUCACACUACAAUAUUCUGGUAUAUAGGAAAUAGAUGGAAAUAGUGCGUUAAAAAAAGUCUUUCACUAUAGUUUAUCGUAUUAGCGAUUAUAGGCCAUUUGAUCAAUAUACUUCGUCAUAAUGCUGUAAUUUAUGAUUUGUUUUUAAAAAACAAGUUUUUAUACGCCCGUCAAAUUUUUGACGGGACGUAUUAUGGUAUACAAAUGUCCGGCGUCCGUCCGUCUGUCUGUCCGUCUGUCUGUCUGUCUGUCUGUCUGUCUGUCUGUCUGUCUGUCCGUCUGUCCGUCCGGCGUAAACAUGUCGGACCGUAACUUGAGAAUGACUUAUCCAAAUUUCAUGAAACUUAACAUAGUUGUUUCUUAUGAUGGUCAAACGAUCUGUAUACUUUUUGGUGAAAAUAAGAUUAAAACUUUUUGAGUUACGGGACUUAGUAACUAAAACAGGUGUGUGUUUUUUUCACUUGUCGCGCCGUAUCUCAAAAACAAUUUAUGAUUAUUGCUUAAAUCUUUACACACUUCUUAGUUAUAUUAAUCUUAAGAUAUGAUACUUUUUGGUGAUGAUUCAAAAUUUUAUUUUAGAGAUAUUGAGUAUUUUGUUAAAAAAGGGGGAGGGGUUUUUCACAUGUCGCGCCGUAUCUCAAAAACGAUUUAUGAUUAUUGCUUAAAAUUUUACACACUUAGUUAUAUUAAUCUAAAGAUCUGUAUACUUUUUGGUUUUGAUUCAAAAUUUUAUUUUUGAGAUAUUGAUUUUUUUUUUUUUAAAGGGGGGUUUUCACAUGUCGCGCCGUAUCUCAAAAACGAUUUAUGAUUAUUGCUUAAAAUUUAACACACUUCUUAGUUAUAUUAAUCUAAAGAUCUGUAUACUUUUUGGUUUUGAUUCAAAAUUUUAUUUUUAGAGAUAUUUAGUUUAUUGUAAAAAAAAAGGGGGGUUUUCGCAUGUCACGCCGUAUGUCAGAAACUAUUUAUGCUUAUUGCAUAAAAAUUCACACACAAGACGACGGGCGUAUCAUGCGCUCAUGGCGCAGCUGUUUAUUUUUAUCGUAACACAAAUUCUCUUUCAUUGUUUAUGUUAAUGUUCAUUUUUAGAAAUGAUGCUUUGUGUAGGCACGGCUAAUAAAGGUCUCGUUGAUCCAUAUGCAAUUGAGCCAAAAGGUGGGCUAGGGUAUUGGAGUACGGUCAGUUGAACUUCUCCCAUCCUAGAAUUAAACUCAUGCCGAAGAGGGACAUCCGUUUGGCUGUGCGGAAUGUGAAAAUACGCAGCCACGUCGAGACGGAAUUGGGACUUUAACACCGGUGCCUCAUGACGGCAAAGGGCCACGCUGCCUAUAAUUUACAGAAACCCUCUAACAACUCUUUUUGGGUCCACAGGAAGGAAAAAUAAAUCUUCUAAUCAAGAAAAUCUCUGUUAUGCAAGUUGCUUCCGGAGCACCUGAGGUCAUCCACGGUUUUUUGGCGGGAUUUGUGUUGCUCAUUCUCUAGGUUUCUAUGUUGUGUUAUCUGUCCUGUUGCUUGCCUUUUGUCGUUUUUUGUGUGUUUGCCAUAGCACUGUCAGUUGGUUUCGACUUAUAAGUUUGACUAUACCUUUUGUAUCUUUCACCUCUCAUUUAAAAUCUUAAUUUCCCGCCCUUCGUCCCGGUCGACCAUCUUUGCAGAAACUAUUGUUCGGAUUUAACGUUAAUAUGUUCUCGUCAAUUUGCAUGCAACAUUUGACGUUUAGCAAACAAUCAAUUAAUUCAUAUUCAGUUGUUCCUUUAUUUAUAUCAUUGGUUCAUAUCCAAUUGAUUCUCUAUAUUAUUAUUGGUUUAUUACAAAUUGAUUUCUUAUGGUCAUGCAUUGCGUUUCUAUGUGUCUGUUAACACAGGAAGCCUAUUUAUUUAUAGAUUGCAAAAAUGUCUUGAUCUGUACUUAAAAGUAAAUUCCGUUCUCUUUAAGUUUUGUCUUUUGUAUACUGUCAUAUGACAUUAAAAAUGUAUAUUCCGUUCUCCUUAAGUUUUGUCUUUUGUAUACUGUCAUAUGACAUUAAAAAAGUAUAUUCCGUUCUCCUUAAGUUUUGUCUUUUGUAUACUGUCAUGUGACAUUAUGACAUUAAAAAGGUAUAUUCCGUUC